UACUGGGUCGGCUGGCUUUACUGUCGUUCUCGAAGUGUCGUCUGACUUGACCGCAGUAAAAAAAAAGAGACUUUAGUUAAAUUGUAUUAUUUAAAAUUUGGGAACAGCCAACCCCUAACAUCACGCCCUGUCGAAUCCCCAACAUUUGGUCAGUGUGUGUCAGGGUUAGUUAUUUGGGGUAAGUUAGUGUGAAUAAACAGACCCUGGUCGUCCAUGUGAUGAGGAGGAGGAAGUGAUGCACAUUAAUGUUCACUCAGAGGAAACUGACGCUCUCCUGCUCAGAACCAGAUCUCCCGUUUCAAACUUUGCCCAGAAAAAGAUCUGAACCAGAAAGGAUCAACAGUCACCAAAGAACGAUUGAUCAACCGUCACCAAAGAACGAAGGCUUUCCCCAAAGUGGAGCAAAGUGUUUAUUGUGAUGAAGUCGGUAGCCGGGCGCUAGCUGCAAGCUAGCUGACCAGUACGAGCUGGUUCCAGCGGACUGGUUCCACUGGUCGGUCGGCCUGUAAACCACUGGGUUGGAUCGCGGUUCUGUGAUGCGACUGUAAACCAGUAUCACGUCGUCCAGCAGAUGUCAAGGUCAGCACAAUGCAUCAGGAUAAGAUGACCCGUCCCUUCAUAGUGGCCUGCCUUGUCUGAGGACGGGAUCACCCCCCCGCUCUGCCCCAGGGCCACAGGGCUAUGUGGAGACAUCUCGCCUGGCCAGAGCAGAGGCGUCCAGGGGUCGCAGACGGCGCCUGACGCAGAGUGGGAGACAUGGGCCAGUGUGUCACCAAGUGCAAGAACCCGACCUCCUCCCUGGGCAGCAAGAGCGGAGACAAGGAGGGCGGCUCCAAAGCUCACCACAAGAAGAGCAGCAGCAGCUGCGGCGGCGGGCACAAGGAGGAGACCAGCGCCUUGUGCAGCAAAAGCUCCGGCGAGCUGUCCAAUGGCACAAAGGCCCCGGACGUGUCCCUGGAGACAGCCGUGGUCCCGUCGGUGACCCGGGACCCUCACCGGGAGGAGCCGGCGGCGGACCGAGACGGCCUCUCGCUGGCGCGCAUCGAGCAGCUCUUCUGCGGCUACAAGGACCAGCAGGACGACGCCAUCCUGGAGGAGGGCAUGGAGCGCUUCUGCAACGACCUGCGCGUGGACCCCGCCGAGUUCCGCGUCCUCGUCAUCGCCUGGAAGUUCCAGGCGGCCACCAUGUGCAAGUUUACAAGGAAGGAGUUUGUGGACGGCUGCAAGGCCAUCCAGGCGGACAGCCUGGAGGGCAUCUGCUCCCGCUUCCCCUGCAUGCUGCUGGAGGCGAGGGAGGAGAGCUUCAAGGACCUGUACCGCUUCACCUUCCAGUUCGGCCUGGACGCCGAGGACGGCCAGCGCUCGCUGCAGCGCGACAUCGCCAUCGCCCUGUGGCGGCUGGUGUUCACGCAGGACACGCCCAGCAUCCUCGAGCGCUGGCUGGACUUCCUGGCGGAGAACCCUUCGGGCGUGCGGGGCAUCUCGCGGGACACAUGGAACAUGUUCCUCAACUUCACGCAGGCCGUCGGGUCCGACCUGAGCAACUACAGCGAGGAUGAAGCCUGGCCCAGCCUCUUCGACACCUUCGUGGAGUGGGAGACGGAGAGGCGCCGGAGGGAGGGGCAGCAGGGCGGCUGGGGGGGGGCUGAGACCAAGAGCUCGGACAGAGGGGGGCGGCGGCUCCCAGACCUUGGGAGGGCACUGACGGGGAUCUGUCCAUCAUUGGAUGAAUAUUAGUAUUACACUUAUGGCUAUUCAUUUCUCCACGGGAUUCCCGUUGUAACCUUAUUUGUUUUGGGUUAUUGAAAGGGCUUUAUGAACGGUUAUAUUUUGAGCAAUUCUAUUAACUUAUUUGACCUUUUUUUGAUUUAAUUUUCCUUUCAUGUGUUUUAAGUAAUUGGGACCUGAGGUGCAUUUUAAUCAUAACUAAUUCAUCCAUUACAAUAAUAAUAAACACAGAUAUGAGCAACGCAGGAAACAAAACAUGCAGGAGGCAAGCCUUUCAUUAACAGCUGGGCUCUUUGAACUGAUGACUGGUUAUUAAGGGCCAAGCAAGGGUCAAGAAGGGACAGUGGAUACUCUCCGCCGUUACAAUACGCUUUCACAUCAAGACUUUAUCCUCCGGGGGUCAGGGUCGGUUAAAGGAGGUCACCAACCUUAUUGUAACAUUGACAGAAGGCACUAGGUAGUACCUAGUGCUACCUAGUAGGUACUACCUGUAGUACUACCUACCUAGUGCCUAGUGCUACCUGGCGGGUGCUACCUGGCGGGUCGCGGUCUGCUUGCACUACCGAGGCAUAAACUAAUGUCCCACAUUUCAUCAUGAGAAAAUUAUUUUUAGGAUGAUGUCAUUUGCACGUUUUAGUCAUUGAUUAAGGAUUUUGCCCUAGAGAAUUUAUUUUAAAACGCCCCAACCUCGUCCCCCAAUCUGUAUCGGUGAAUGCUGCAGACGUUUAGUGCUGAGAAAGGCAGGGUCCCAGCCGUGACUAAAGCCAUGUACCAGUUCCACCUCUGAAGCACACCUUUUGAUGCUCACUGAUUGCCAGGUUGCGGAAAAGGUGUACUAUUAUUAAAACGUGCAGGAAUUCUGGCUUUAUUUUCAUGAGCUGCCUUAUUUUAUUUCUUGGAACAUCAGAACAAUUCAUGCUAGGUUUGUCAUUUCUUGAAAUAGGAAUCUUGCAGCAGGGUUAGGUUAGGAUAAGGACAUUUGGGUCAACCUCCCCUUUGACCUCAUCUUGGAUUUUCUUGUAGCAUCUUCAACUGCUAGCUAGUAUUGUGGCACUUGAGGAAUGCGUUGACUCGUCAGUGUUGGUUGUAAUAAAUUAAUGCACCAAAACGAAUGGCCUGAUAAGUCACCGUAUAUGUAAUGCUUUGCAAAGAGUGAUGUCAGCUGAACUCUAAAGUGUAUAAACUUAAACAGCCUAGGGUGUUUUGGAAGUGAUUGUUAACCAGGUUGUUUGACUUACCAUGAGUCUAACUAGGUCCAGUAUGGUAAUGGAUACCCAUUACUUUAUUACCUUAUAACCACUUUACAGUGGUUUUGAUUCAGACCCCUUUGUCCUUUUUAUAUCAAAUGCAUUGGUUUAUAAUGAAUAAAACAGUGUUCAACUUUUAAAAGCG